AGCUUCUGCUUGUGUGCGGCUUUCAUUCCAUUCAGCUGGUGAUGAACACGUCAGACAGGUGGAGAUAGACAGUAAUUGCACAGCACAAACUGGAUCCGUGCUGAUCUCCACACUCUUCUGUUCAGUUGAAAGUGCAUGAUUCCAUAUUUGAGGGGAAUGGAGUCAGCUGAGUCAAAAAUGGACACUGAUGAAGUUUUUUCCCAGCCCAUUAAUGAUGAUUUUCCUAGAAGGAUUGUGAUCUUGGGUAAGACGGGAGCUGGUAAAAGUAGUCUUGCCAACACCUUAUUCGGAAAGACCGUUUGUACCACCAACAAUAGUCCUGAAUCUGGAACUAGUGUAUGUCAAAAAGUGGUGGGACGUGUUAAUGGGAAACAAAUAGUCUUUGUUGACACUCCUGGAUUCUAUGACACGAGGCGGCCAGAGGAGGAGAUGAAGGCUGAGGUGGUGAGGUGCAUCACAGAAUGUGCUCCCGGUCCUCAUGUUUUUCUCAUUGUGCUCAGAGUAGAUAAAUUCACAGAACAGGAGAAGGCAAUCGUAAGAACACUGAAUGAUCACUUCUCAGAGGAAGUUUUGAAAUAUGGCACAGUGGUCUUUACUCACGGUGACCAGCUGGAUGAAAGAAUAAAGAUCGAGGAGUUUGUUGAUCAAAGUAAAGAGCUGAGGGCCUUGAUCAGGAGAUGUGGUGGCCGGUGCAACGUUUUUGAUAAUAAAUACUGGAAGAACAACCAGGGGGAUGAAUACAGGAGCAAUAAGUUCCAGAUUGAGAAGCUUCUGGAUACAAUCGACAAGAUUAUUGAGGAAAACAAAGGAAAAUCCUACACAAAUGAAUUGCUUCAAACAGUGGAGCAAAAAAUCCAAGAGGCAGAGUGCAUUCAGGAGUCCACUGCGAACCUGUCACCAGAAGAAAGAGAAGAGCUGGCCAAGGCUAAGGUCCGCGACACACUGUCACAUUUAGCUGUCAGAGUAACGACAAGGGAUCUGCUCAAAGUGUUUCUUAGUGGGGCGAUGAAGUCACUGAGUAAAGAAGACCCCAUUCUGGGAUUUGGGCUGGAAAUAACAGCGGCUUUAGCUGGAACAGCGAUGAAGCCAAGCAGCAGAACCACCAGCACCACCAGCGAUGGCAACGAGCCGGACACAUUAAGAGUUGUCCUGCUCGGAGGAUCUGGGAAUGGGAAGAGCAGCCUGGCUAAUGUCAUAUUUGGGGAGACCACAUUCAAAGUGAAGCGUUUUAAUGAUGCGGACAGAUGUGUUACUCAUGCUGAAAGCAGGCGUGUCAAUGGCAGGAACCUCACUUUGAUUGACACCCCUGGUGUCUUCGGUCCCGGCAGCUCUGAGAAGGACGUGAAGCUUGAAAUCCUGAGGUGCAUCAUAGAGUGCGCCCCCGGGCCUCACGCCUUUCUGAUUGUGCUCAAAAUGGAGAAAUUCACAGAGCAAGAGCAGUCAGUUAUCUCUGAGAUGUGUCAGUGCUUCUCAGAGGACUUUCUGAAGCAUGCAGUUGUGGUCUUCACUCACGGUGACCAGCUGCCCGAAGAGAUGAAAAUACAAGAGUAUGUAGUUCAGAGUGCCAGUCUGAAUGAUUUGGUGGAGAAGUGUGGAGGCCGGUGCCACGUCUUCGACAGCAAAUACUGGAAGGACAACCAGGAGGAUGACUACAGGAGCAACCAGUUCCAGGGGACGGAGCUGCUCAGGACCAUCCACAGGCUGGUGGAGGAAAACUCUGGAGGAUACUUCACCAAUCCAAUGAUCUUAGACGUGGGAAAAAAAAUUCAGAAAGAGGAAGAGCUCAUAAAGAAGUUGUCAAAAGACAAGUCGCCGGAAGAAAUCAGAAAGCAGGCCAAAAGCAACAUCAUGAGGAGGGAGGUGGAGGGGGAGGCAGGCUCAUGGAAAACGGGGUUCGUGGUUUUGGUAGUCACAGGAUUGUUUGUAACUGUGUCAGCCAUAUUGCUGAAACGUAGAUUUGAAGAACCGGCUAAAGUACUUCUGACUGAAUUAGCAGAGACUGGGCCUGAACUUUUGCCCAAGAGAAUUGUUCUGUUGGGGAAAACUGGAGCUGGGAAAAGCAGCCUGGUGAACACCAUCGUAGGGGAAGAUGUAUUCAAGAUAAGUCACUCUCCAGUUUCUGAAACAACUCUGACUCAAGCAGUAACCCGGAGGGUCAGUGGAAAAAACCUGACCCUGAUAGACACCCACAGUCUUUUUGACACGUCUGGGUGCGAGCGCUCGCUUCGGGCUGAGAUCGUCCGGUGCAUCACAGAGUGCGCUCCGGGGCCUCACGCUUUUCUCAUUGUGCUGAAGGUGGAGAAAUUCACCCAGCAAGAGAAAGACGUCGUCAGGAAAAUCUGUCAGUAUUUCUCCCAUGAGGCUCUGAAAUACGCUGCAGUGGUGUUUACGCACGGAGACCAGCUGGAGGGAGCGAGGAUCGAAGAAUUUGUCAGUUUGAACAAAGAGCUGAAGGAUCUGGUGGAGAAAUGUGGAGGCAGAUGCCACGUUUUUGAUAAUAAGUACUGGAAGAUUGACAGAGACGACUACGGGAGCAAUCGGCGUCAUGUGGAAGAGCUGCUCUGUACCAUAAAGAAGAUAAGUGAGGCCAACGGUGGGCAGUGUUACACCAAUGAGAUGCUGGAAGAGGUGAAGAAAGAAAUCCAGAAGCAGGAAGAAGACAUGAGGCAGACCCCAGGAACGGUAUCGGAUCAGGAGAUCCGAAACGUGGCUAAAAACAAUUUGUUUAAGAAGCUGAUGGCGAGGUUCAUGGGUGCUGCCGCUGGUGCCGUGUUAGCAGCCUUUCUCGGUGUGGUGGAGAUUAUUCCAGCCAAAAUGACAAAUGUUCCAAGGGCUGCGGCUCAGGCCUCAGCCCCUAAUAUUGGGACCGAAAUUGUAUCUGCCGCUGCAAACAGGGUUUUUGCAGGAGCCAUGAUGGGGUACAAUGCAGCUGAGGAAGAAGAAUCUGUAUUUGGUGCCUUGCAGGGCGCCACAAAAGAAGUUUGGAACAACUUCAAGUCAAAAUUAGGCUUUGGGGUUGCAGAGGAGGAGAGCAACAAAGACCAUUCCCAGCUCAGCGCGGCCCGGGUCGGACGCAGUUCCUCCGCACAGAUCAGAGCAGUUUCACUUCCCCUCCUUUGCGUACGGACGAUGGACGACGGGUGUCAGUACCCCGUUUUCUUCAAGUGGCAGAAGCCCUUCGGAGAGCAGAGGGUGAAGAAAGUGGAAGCAUAUUUCCGCAUUCGGCGCAAAUCCGGCGGAGGGGAAUGCGGUCCGCUGAUCUGUGGAGCGGAAAACAUCUACUGUAUAAAGUUCAGAUAUGAAAAAGAUCAGCAGGAGGUUCUGAGGAGAGCACAGCAUGCAGUUGAUGGUGAUCUCGUGCUCACUGUGUGGAACAGCCCGGAAGCUCUAGCCUCCUCUGACCCCAUCACCUCCACCGCUGCAGCAGAGAACCCUCAGUCCCUUCCUGCCACUCCUGCUCCGUUAAGCGGUGAAGAUUGUGGCUUACAAUCUAAGGAUCAGCCAUCUGAUCCCCAGGAAGAGGGUACUGCUUCUGAGGAAGAACUGGAGAUAGAACCGGGCCCCGAAAGCCGCCCCGCUCAGCUUCCCCCAGGUGAGGAGAGGGUUUCUGUCUUGGCCCCAGCUCAACCUGAUGCUGUUAGUGGCAGUAGAGACAUUGAAGCAGAGAGCGAUACCCUAUCCCAGUACCAUCCUGAGGGUAGUCCAGAUCAGAGCCCGGAGUGGCCUGAUGCCGGGGAUGGGUCACCUUUAAGCCAGGCUUUGCCGCCUUUGAGUUUCGCUGAAGAAAGUGCGCUGGUAGACAGCUACGGCCUCUGUGAUGGGCUGGAGGUGCUGCUGUGUCAGGGGGACAUCACCCAGCUGGAGGUCGAUGCUCUGGUGAGCGCUGCCGGGGAGGAUUUGGAUUACCGCGAGGGGACCGCUGCCGCCCUGGUCCGGGCAGGCGGCCCUGCGGUACAGUUUGAAAUCGACGCUUUGAGAAAGCACAAUGGGAGAAUUCCCACGGGUGAAGUGGUGGUGACCACGGGGGGGAAUCUGACAUGCAAGAGGCUGCUGCAUGCCGUGGGACCUGUGGGUGGAGAGGCGGGCGGCAGAGCCAAGGUCCUGUUGGAGAGAACUGUCCGGCGAGCUCUGGAUUCAGCAGAGCUGUCUGGGUUCAGCUCCAUCGCCCUGCCGUGCAUCUGCUCGGGGGCGUUUGGUUUCGCAUUCUGUUCUGAAGCUGUCGUAGCAGCCGUCAAAGAGUUCGGCAGCCAGAGCAGUCGCAGUCUGAGAAGAAUCGUACUCAUAGACGACCGGAGGGAGGUGAUCAAGGCCAUGCGGGAGGCGUGUGACAGGACACUCCAGGGGAGAGGUACCGGAAACGCCACAGAGAGCAACGGAGGGCAGCAGCUGGAUGCUGCUGGCCAGGAUGCAGAGAGAGGAGCUCCUGGUGGAGCUCCUGGUGGUAGCGUCUAUGUAGAGGUCGUUUUUGGGUCCAUUGAGAGCCAGCAGGUUGAUGCCCUCGUGUCCCCCAUGGUUCACCACAACCCUCUCUCAACCCGAAUUGGAAACACUUUGAACACAAUGGUCGGUCCUGAGAUGACGUCUAAGUUUGAAGAAGAGGGAGAAGAUGAGACGAUACCCAGCGACUCAGUACUAGUUGAGGGGUUGCUUGGACUUCCGUUCAGUGCAGUGUUCUUCCUCAACCUUUCGCCCUGGAAUGAUGACGAAGACGGAGUGCCAGUCUCGGUUCUCAGAGUGGGCAUAAACAAAAUCCUGACUUCCUGUGAUCAGAGAGGGUUUGGAUCUGUUGCCUUUCCUUUGCUAGGGGCUGGACUAGCCCUGCGUUUUCCUGACACGGUGGUGGCCAGAGUGCUGCUGGAGGAAGUUUCUGGAUUUGAACAGGACAGAGCCAGCAGCUCGCCGCUUCUGGUUCGAAUUGUCAUACACCCCGGUGACGACGAGGCUUUUGAGGUCUUCACAUCUUCUCAGAAAACUUUGAACUGCACAGAAGAACACAAACAGCAACAAGAUCAAGAAAAUGCGGGAGGUCGGAGGAUGAGAUGA